UCCAAGCAGCAUGGCUUGGUUGAGAAACCUCUCCAAGUUUUCCACCAUCAAAGCACCUCAAAGACCAAAAAACACUGACCCAUUUUUCCUCUUACCAUCUUUUUCUUUUCUCUCCCAUUUCAGCUCUAAUGUUCCCACUGAGGAAAAGUCUUCAGGUUUGGAACCAACAAAGCCCCAUGAGAAACCACGUGUGGUGGUGCUGGGUUCAGGGUGGGCAGGGUGCAGGGUCAUGAAGGAUUUGGACCCUGAUAUCUAUGACAUUGUUUGUGUCUCACCUAGGAAUCACAUGGUGUUCACCCCUCUCUUGGCUUCCACUUGUGUUGGAACUCUUGAGUUUAGAUCAGUUGCUGAACCCAUUGGAAGGAUCCAACCAGCUCUUUCUAGAUUGCCUGGUUCUUAUUUCUUCCUUGCCAAUUGUACUGCCAUUGAUGCACACAAGCAUAGGGUGGACUGUGUGACUGUAACAGAAGGAUCAGAGACAAUAGAUCCCUGGAAAUUUACAAUCUCAUAUGAUAAGCUAGUAAUUGCAUUAGGAUCACAGCCCUCUACUUUUGGAAUUCAGGGAGUCAAAGAACAUGCAAUUUUCCUUCGUGAAGUUCACCAUGCACAGGAAAUUCGUCGGAAGCUGCUCCUUAACUUGAUGCUAUCAGAUGUUCCAGGGAUUGCAGAAGAGGAAAAACAAAGGCUUCUGCAUUGUGUGGUUGUUGGAGGUGGUCCCACUGGAGUUGAAUUCAGUGGUGAACUUAGUGAUUUCAUCAUGAAAGAUGUUCGCCAAAGAUAUGUCCAUGUCAAGGAUUACAUCCGUGUUACUUUAAUUGAGGCUAAUGAGAUAUUAUCUUCCUUUGAUGACCGACUCAGACACUAUGCCACCAACCAAUUGACAAAGUCAGGAGUUCGUCUUGUCCGCGGCAUUGUGAAAGAUGUUAAACCUAAGAAGAUUGUCCUUAAUGAUGGCACUGAGGUUCCAUAUGGGUUGUUAGUAUGGUCUACUGGUGUCGGUCCAUCACCUAUUAUUCAAUCUUUGGAUCUACCAAAAGCUCCAGGUGGAAGGAUUGGUGUUGAUGAGUGGCUUCGUGUUCCUUCCGUACCGGAUGUAUUCUCGAUAGGUGACUGCUGUGGAUUUGUUGAAAGUACUGGAAGACCAACACUUCCUGCAUUGGCCCAAGUGGCAGAGAGGCAAGGCAAAUAUUUAGCAGUGUUGUUAAACAACAUUGGUAAAGCAGGUGCAGGCCAUGCAAACAGUGAAAAAGAAGUAGAAUUUGGGGAUCCAUUUGUCUACAAGCACCUUGGAAGCAUGGCAACUAUUGGAAGAUACAAGGCCCUUGUUGACCUUAGACAGAGCAAGGGGGAAAAAGGGUUAGCUCUGGCAGGAGUUCUGAGUUUUUUCAUUUGGCGCUCGGCCUAUAUUACGCGUGUUAUCAGCUGGAGGAACAGAUUUUAUGUAUUUGUGAAUUGGAUCACAACUCUUGUAUUUGGCCGCGAUAUAAGCAGACUAUGAAAAUAUAAAGGUAGCCACUUCCAGCAUGAUUGAGUUGUUCCUGCAAGUAAACCCUUCACAAUUUAAAUGUAAAUUCAUUGGGGCUUAAGAUUGUCAGUAAGGCAAUUCUCUUUUCAUUGGUUGCAUUGCAGUUUGCAGGUAUUUUACAAAACUGCAU